AUGGAAGACGUUAAGUGUGAUGGUGACGACCACCGGUUCAUACAGAAGUAUGUCCACGCAAUACAUAGUCUCAGACUUAUCACGGAGAUGGUUCAAGACAUCGAAGGGAACAAGGUGAGGAGGAUCGAGAGCGCCAUCGACAAACUCACAGUCCGUUACAGCUUCUUCGUGACGCCAAGCGAUGCCCAAAUAAGGGCCGACGUCGAACUUGUGUGGAAUAUGGUAUAUAAGCUUGCCGUGAGAACCAGCUUCAACAACCAGUGCCAGGAGGCACUGGUACAUCUCCUCGUCUGUGUAAAACACAGUCCCCCGGUUCCUAGACUGAAGAAAGAGGGUCAGCCACCUCCGUCGCAGAAGCCACGAAAGCCCAAUCUCGGAGAAAAAAAGGGUCAGGGAUCAAAAGCAAAGGUAAAGCCUCCGUCGACGUGUUCAUCCAGCAACAGCAGUCAAUCUGGCGGAGUCCCGAUACCCCCAGAAGAAGGAGAUAUAAAGGGAAGGGAAGAAAAGAAGAGUGGCACCAGUCUCCCUAAAGAUGCGGGGGCGGUGGCUGAAGGGGUAUCUACACGGUUAGAUGGAGUAUCGAACGAAGCCAGCAAUCCGCCUUCCACUCUCCAGAUUGACAAAAUGACUCUCUGGCAAGAUUUGCCGUACCUUGACGUCUAUCUACUCGAGAAGUUCACGAAAUUGGCCAAUUUACCGCUUUUGGAAAGAUGCAACUUUGCCUUUUUCGUUGGCCGGAUGAUUUCUGCGAGUAUAGAUGACUAUAAAUUUGGUCUCCUUGCCCUCUGGCUCAUCCGAGAGGCACUGGAAAAACCUCGUACGCUUAACGAGGUUUACAGUGGCGAUGAGAACAAAGAUGAAGAAUCAGAGGCAGAAGAAACGCACACGGAGGGCAAGAAGAAGGGGAAAGGCAAGAAGAAUGGAAAAGGCAAGGCGAAGAGGAAUGGCCAGAAAAAGCAGAAUCAACAGCAGAAACAGACUCAGGGCCACAAUGUUAAUGGUAAGAGUCUUGAUGACUUGGCGCUCAACGAUCUUUUGCCUCCGUGUGUCGCAUUGAUUGAAAGCUGCGGCAAGAAACUUGCAGAGUUUUCAAAGAAAAAUAUCACCUACAAAGGGGAGAAUAAGAAGUGGGCGGUAGUUGGGAAACUUGCAAAAGCUAUCGGAGAAGAUGAAGCAGGUUUCAGCCUGAAAAGAUGGAUGUAUUGGAGAACACGGCUGAAGUCGUUCAUUCGGUAUGGGCUCCAAGGCAUUGUGUACGAUGCACGAAGAGCGCUUAAUGUCCUCUGCAACGCAGGCCGAAUGUCAGGAAUAAGAAUCCCUGGUGAUAUGGAAUAUUUCCAAAAAGUGGUCAGGUACAGAAUAAAGCACAAAGGCAAGGAUGCACGAGAUACAAACGACGAUCUGCAAUGGGUUGAGGACUGGGUCGGUCCUUGA